GCGGGCAUAGAAAACGCGUCCGCCUCCCCCCGCCGUUGCCAUCCCUUAGUUACGGAUACUUUCAGGGGAAAUACGGAUAGGGCAGCACUUUAGUGACGCGCUGGAGCAGGACCGAGUAGAGCACUGCGGGCCCUCCACGUCGGCCUGUGGCUCUCCCAUCUCUGCUUCACGCCGAGGCCAAACUCUGCAGGCCCAUCAGCAAACGCCUCACAACUCACGCCUCACGCCUCGCCCUCGCCCUCGCCAUGGCAGCAGCCAUGGAAGCUGCAACUCCCCGUCACCACUACGGCGGGCAAGGGCGACAACACCACCCGUCUUCCCAGUCCCUCCCCGCCUCGCCAACUCUCACGAACCCCGACAUGAUACUGCCCGACUACGAGCGCAGCGACUCGCCCGACCCGGAUCUUGAUGGCCGCGACCACUCGCCCCUCAUGAUGUGGAAAAACGCCCACGUCCAGGCCCAUGCACUUACGACCCCUACCGACAUGCACCAGAUGUUUGCCCUCGCGACUCCGGGCCCCCAGGCCCUUGACCACCCCUACGGACCCACCGGCCCGAUCACGCCCACCACCCCCAUUAUUUACGGGAAUGGCACCAUGCUGUCGGAUAUUGGCGAGGUCACCGAGGUGGAAAGCACUCCCGGGAAGCCUUCCCCGCGGUGGGCAAAACCCAUGGCCCGGAGACUCGAGUCCCCGACACGCGGCAGCGGAAGCGACGCCGCCCUCCGGUCGUCUCCAACUAUGGGCGUGGCCGCCAUGAUGACUAAGAAGUCGCAGAAGAGCCUCGCCUCACAGCGAGAUCGCCGGUCGAGCAUCGGGAGCAACAGCACCAUCACUACAGAGGAACAGACGGCGCUAUUUGCCGACUUUGAUGACGCGGCCAGCGUAGGCGACAGCGUCUUUCAGGGGGACGACGAGGAGAGCCUCGCGUCAUCGUACGUCGAGGGCGCUCCGGCCGUCGAACAGACCCGGUUGGCUGCUCCGAACACGGAUAGUAUGGAUAGGCUGUCUAUUUACUCGACAACAUCACUGAGCCGGAAGGCGGAGCAGAUUCUGGCAAACGCCAAGACCAGAUUGACGACCAUGGAAGGAAAUUUGACUCGCGCACGAAGCUCCCUGCACAUCACACCCCCUUUGUAUGGGUCAGAUGCGUCGACCCCCUCGCCACCGUUUCAGCGAGCCUCAACCGCCCUACAUUCGCGAGAUAGCGAUCCAGCAUCUCCCACGGCCCAGUCUCCCGGCCAUACACGAAUGUCGAGCGAUAUCGCGAUGCGCAACGGUUUGCCAUAUCGAGUGGCCAUACCGCGGUCGCAAAGCGCAUUGGGGGCCGCUGGGGGGUACAGACAACCCUUGUCGGCAUCCAAGAGUGCCGACCAGGUUCGGGGAAGCAUGAACGACGAGGAUGGUCGCCCGACGUCUAAGAUUUCUUCCGGCAGAGAUACAAACCUGCAGCCCUUGACAGAGGACGAAGUUGCGCAGCUUGAAGAACCAGACAGGUCCAGCCAAGGUUCAAGGCCUGACAAUUUCCUUAGCCCAACUUUUGGGCCUGUCAGUGGCGAGUUUGGAAACGGCGGCGUGAAAAAUCUACAGAGGUCUGCUUCCGCUGCACAGAUGCGGGACAUAAAAGAUCAGAUGAAGGACCUGAAGGGGAAGAUUUCAAACUUGAGGGAGCAGGCUCGGGUCGACAGUAUGAAGAGGCGAAGUCUUCAGAGCCUCCGAACGCCUAGCCCCUUUACGCAUUCGCAAAUCGAUCAGUGGUAUGCUGAGCCUCCCUCCAACAGGGCCUCGGCAAUCCUUAAUCCUGUCGAAGCCCCCAGAAACCCUUGGAAUGGGGAGGAGUCGAGCGUUGAUGGCGACGUCAAACCAUACCCAGAGGAGCCUAAGGGCGUUAGCCCUGAAGAUGAUGACGAUUUCUUCACGGACGAGGGCGAUGAUGCGCAGCUCAUGCCUGUCUCCAGUCAUCCCUCGGAGAGGUCGGCGGGGUUAGUCGCAGCUCCUGAGGACGGUGAAGCUGACUCUGAAUACAAGGAUGCCGCUUCUGACGUCCUCUUUGAGGAUGUCGAAGUGGAAGAGGAAAUGCCGGCAGGGUUCCAAGAGGUAGUAGACGUGGGCUAUACCAGCGAAAGCGGCGAAUCCCUCUAUCAUGACACAUUGCAGCAUCCCAUAUCACACGAAGACCGCGAGGACGCAUUCGACUACGAACAUUUUUUUCUUCACAGCGCCAUGGGGACCAUGGGUAGACGAGGGAGUAGGGAUAGUUUCACCUCCGAGGACUCGAUCGAAACGACAAGGGGCCCAGUGGUUGGCAAGGCGACAGCUGGUACCGUCGUGGACGAUACUGCUAGCCCGGGAAACGCUCGGCUCGUAACUAGGCGAAGUAGCAUUGCUUCGAUAUCAACAAUCGAAACUUUUGCUACAGCUGAAGAGGGCAGGUUGAGGAGAUCUGGGGAGACUAGCCGAGUUGAUUCCCGCAUCGACGAUGGACCUAGGAGUUUUUCCAACGAGGUUGGUGCUUUUGCGGAAAGCAGCAGGGACCGGUCUGGAAGCACGGCAACAUCCAGGAGUUUACCUAUGGGUGCGGGUAGUGUGCGUCGGUCCAUAAUCGUAGCUAGGGACAGCGAUGACUCCAUCUCAUCGAUUCCUGAGGAAGGCUCGGAUUCUCAACAGUCUCGGCAGAGCCGCCGCUUCUCCGCUAUCCGUCGGCCAAUUUCCACGUCGGCCUCGGCUUCCCUGCAUCGACCCUCAAUAUCAUCCUUCGAGUCAACCGGAACCACGCGCAGUUUUCCGCUGGUCAAUCGGACCAAGAAGUCCAAUAGUAUAGGAGUUCUAACGCCCGGCUCGUCGCCCGACCAAUAUCUAAAGAACAUAUCAGAUGCGCUGUUGAGCGAGACGGCCAGCAUCUGCGAACAGCAGCAGAUGGAAGACGAAAACAAUCGCCAUCAUGGCGAUGGGAGCGAUGUCGCGCGUACGGAAGGAGCUGCCAGCAGCAAUUCCAGCAACGCCAACACGAGCUACCAUCUGCAGACCCUUAUGCGCGAGGAUAAGUAUCUUGUCGAGGGGCUGGUGGCUAGCCUCGGCCGGUGCGUUCUUGGUUUAACAGAGAAUGGGCGUGCCAGUGCCGAAAGCAGGAUGUACAGACGGCGCAUCGAUGCCGCCAGGCGAAUUCUGGAAGGGCUCCAGGAAAUUGGCCCUGCUUAGGAUCCAAGGCAUUUGCUCGCAUGAUCUUAACGACGCUACGUUUUGGGCUACAUUUCUAUUCUCGAUAUUUAAUACUAGUGACCUGAUCGAUUUUUAGCGACAAAGUUUUUCUGGGGCUGGGAGGCUACGGAUGAGAUAUUCUUCGGAUUCGGAAAGGGGAUGUUUGGUCACGG